GAGGCCUCCAGCAGUGGCGGCGGCUGUGUAGCGGCUCUGCAGCCCUCAACCCUUCGUCAUACCACUUUCUGAACCGGGUUAUGAAGCUCGUUUAACCGCUUUACCAUUAAUUUACCGUCUGACCCCUACACAUAAGGAUGGCGGAACCCGUAAAAGCCUAUACAAGAAAACUCAAACCCCGUUUGUCGAAUAAGGAGCGUUUUCACUGCGUCACUGCAGAGAUCAACAUCGAACAGUACCCAACUUUAAAAGAGUGGCUUCCGAUGCAGCAUGAUUAUCACGUCUGUGACUACAAUGCCAUAAGACAGAAUCAGGAUCACAUCGACUUUUCCACCACACUAAGAAUGGCUCUGUCUACUGUUGAAGAAAUUCAGCAGUUUGUUAAAGACCUGCCCAUCACCUGGAGGAUUGAUAGAACCAGACCACCUAAAGGACAACGAGUUCUUUUUAAGGUGGAUUAUAGAUGCCACCACAACACAAAACCAAGGAAAAGUAUGGAAGGUUCUGGAAGACGGACAAAAAACACAAACUGCCCUGCAAAAAUGGCUGUAACUCUUCAGCGCCCGCAGGGAAGCAAUGGCAGGCAAUGUCGAAGCACAGAUCCACACAUGCCAGUGCUUCCGACAAUAGUGCACAUUGUUAAUGAGCACAAUCACAACUUACAUGUAGGGGAUGCUUUGCGAUACAAGGACGUUGGAGAAGAGGCCAUACAGAAGCUGAAGAAGCUUUUUGAGGCUGGACAUUCGCCGUCUACAGCACUGGAUGUGUUAAAAUAUGACCUCCAGCUCGAACAUGGAGAUGGAUAUCCAAAUGCAGCAGCUGAUCGAUCUAUCUGUCCUGAUCUUCAGUUCUGCUACAGAUUGUACCACCAAGUUUCUAAACAGGAUUUUCCAGCAUGUGAUGGGGCAGGGGUGGCAGAGGCUUUGGAGAGGCAAAUUGACAUGUACAAUAACCAGUGCAGGGAGCAGUGCACCAAGCUCACCACUGUGACAGACAGUCUACCGUCCACUAUUUCCGCCCUUCCUCCCAACCCGGACCCGAUGGAAUCCUCCCCGCCAGCGGUAGAUGACACUACACAGACGUGUGUGAUGGAGCAGGAGGUGACCAAGGCAGCAGAAGCGUGUUCUACAUUUUCAGGUGCGGAGGCUGAAAACCCUGUGGAUAAGCUGAAGACCUGCUUGGCUGGUCUGUGCGAGCUCAUAGAGAAAGACUCCAGUUUGUGGCCUGCAACACACGACCUGAUAAAAGGGAUCGAAAAAGUCCAGCACAACCCAGGGAAGCUAGCGUCAGCCAUGCACGCGUUUGGAUGCUACAGCUGUCUGACAUUAAUGACGAAAAGAGCUAAACCCUUGCGGCGGCGGGCACAGUCCUCUUCGGUGGGCCGGCAGAAGGCCAAACUGGAGAGGCGUUCGCUGACUAUAGGCAAGGGGGCAGUUCCUGACCAUGAAAACAUUCAGCCAGGACUCGGACAGUGAUGCUUAGGGCUACAUUGCUUUGUAUUUUCUGUGGCACAGUGUAACACCAAUGCUAGUUGUCAGAAUGUUUGUAAUGUUGUAGCCCGUUUAGAAGUGCAUACACUCAAACUUUCCAAUUCUCCACUCACCUCUAGGCUUUAGUGCCACUUUGUAUGAUUUGUAAAUUGUUUAUUGUAUAUAGCUGUUUUUACAAACCUAUAUGAAGUGACCAGGUGUUGCUGUCUAUAGUGCUUUUUACAGACCUGUGUUCUUUUUACAAAUUAGUAAUUUGGCUUGCAAAAGCUACCCUUGCUGUACUCAUAUUAGCAGCUUUGAGUUUCCCUAUAAGGCCUGUGUCUGCUGAUGGUUAACUUACCACAGAAGCGGCCGCCAGUGAUAGUUGAAAACUUAUUUACCUCUAGAUUAAUAAAACAACCUCCAUGUAUUGAUUUAUUUUAUGUAAAUCAUAGUCGUGUAGUAGUAUUCUGACACUUAAACAUUUCUUUUGUUUUGUUUUUUUUUUUGUUUUUUUGCGGGAUGACUCGAUAUCCUACAUUAACACCACAUUUAACAUACCUAACACAUGAGACUAUUCUCUGCCGGCAGAUAUCAUAUUACUUGUACAAUAAGCAGUCGAUGUGGGACUGUUGGAGGUGAAGAACAUUUUUAUCCAUCACGUGGAUACACAUGGAAGAGAUGAAUGUGAAGAUGAUGGACAUGCUCAGACCACAGCAUUACCUUUCAGAUAUCAGAUGAAAGAGUUUUUUGUCUUGGAGGAGAGAAGAAAAUUGAUAAAUUCAAUCAAUCAAACAGACUAAAGAGAAAUGGCUUUGUGAAAGAAUGCUAAGCUAAGCAGUGAUAACACUCAGAUGAUAAAGUUUGUGUGAAAACA